AUGGCUUGGGCCAACCACCAAUUUUUCUCCACCCUCUCCCCCAACCCUCCAAAAAUGUCCGCCUUCCUCACAUCCAAAAUCAGCGACUCCUUCUCCUCCCCCGAAUCGCUCCAGAAUACCUUCAUCGCGACCGCCAACGCCAUGUUCGGACCCGGCUUCGUUUGGCUCGUCCGACACAAAUACAGAAACGCUUACCUGAUGGAAAACGAACUCUCAAUCCUAACGACCUAUCUCGCCGGUUCGCCUCUGCCAGGGGCGCAUUACAGGAGGCAGGAACAGGAUCAGAAUACCAUGAUGGCCGCUGGCUCGUUCGGAAGCGCUUCGCUCUUUCCCGGGAAGGAAAGCAAAAUCGCGUACGGUGGAGCGGAUAUCGAUGUCCUGUUGGGGGUGAAUACGUGGGAGCAUGUUUGGUUGAUGAAUUAUGGUGUCGGAGGGAAGAAGCGGUUUUUGGAGGGGUGGUGGAACGCGAUCGAUUGGGAUGUGGUGGAGUCGAAUUGGCACGAUACGAGCAGGGAGAAAAAGACAGAGAACAGAAGGAGUAACCCUCUUGGUCGGCUGGGGGAUGUGGGUAGACGGAAGCAAAGGCCUGUCGACAGUGUAUACUAG